GGAGUAGUAGGAGAGUAGCGCAAGUGGCGUAUAGAGGGAUGUACGUCACGAGCGGGGCGGCGGGACUCGAGUGUCAACAAACUGAUGCGCUUUAAGGCAGCAGAGCAGAACAACGUUUGAAAUACUUUCAAUGAAGGCAUCGCUUAGCAUUAGAUUUUGCAUGUAAAAAUGGCACAGUUUGGAUUAUGUGCACUGCUUCUGUUCUCUGGACUGGUUCAUCACAUCAAAAGCCAUAUUAGAAAGGAGAACAAAACAGGUGAGAAGGAACGACCCAAUUUCAUCAUUAUCUUAGCCGAUGAUAUUGGAUGGGGUGACCUCUGGGUGAACAGGCCUGAUAACUCCACACCAACACCCUGGCUCGACUCAUUAAUGCUGAAGGGCAAAAGAUUCACAGACUUCCACUCUCCUGCCUCCACAUGCUCACCCUCACGCGCUGCCCUCCUGACCGGCAGACACGGGCUGCGCAACGGGGUCACUCAUAAUUUUGCAGUGGAGUCAGUCGCAGGACUGCCACUCAAUGAGACAACGUUUGCUCAGCUCCUGCAUGACGCAGGUUAUUAUACAGCCAUGAUCGGAAAAUGGCACCUUGGACACAAUGGUUCCUAUAAUCCUGUUCAUAGAGGUUUUGACUAUUACUUCGGUAUUCCUUAUAGUAAUGAUAUGGGCUGCACUGACAAACCAGGCCUCGACCUUCCCAGCUGCCCUCCCUGCAUCCUUAAUCAGUAUACUACUAGGAAGCAUGAAGGAUGUUACACUCAAGUGGCAUUACCUCUGUAUGAAAAUGAGACAAUAAUUGAACAACCCUUGGACACAUGGAGCCUUAAAGACAGAUAUGCCAGAGUGGCAGUCAAGCAGAUAUUCACAGCCAGCAUUUCUAAGCAGCAGCCAUUCCUGCUGUAUGUGGCUCUUGCUCAUAUGCAUGUCCCACUGUUCCAUAACACCUUCCUAAACGUUACGACACAAGACCCUUACACAGCCAGCCUCAGUGACAUGGACUCCUUGGUGGGGACAAUCAUGCAGGCGGUCAGCACCGAGCAGCUGGAAAACACAUUGAUAUGGUUCACUGGUGACAAUGGCCCGUGGGAGCAGAAAUGCCAGUUUGCUGGGAAUGUUGGGCCUUUUGUUGGAAGAUGGCAGACAAGCAGAGGUGGUGGCUCAGCCAAGAGAACCACAUGGGAAGGAGGUCAUAGAGUUCCCACAGUGGUCACAUGGCCUAAAAAGAUUAAACCCAACAGCACCAGCAGCGCCCUGCUGAGUGGUUUGGAUAUCUUUCCAACCAUCCUUUCCCUGGCUGGUGUAAAAGCACCAUCGGAUCGACGGUAUGACGGCAUUGAUAUAACAUACAUUCUGCUCAACGACUCUGACACAGGGCAUAAGAGUCUCAUGCAUCCAAACAGCGGCGCUGCAGGACAAUUUGGGGACCUUCAAACCAUCAGACUGAAACAUCACAAGGCAUUUUACAUCACAGGUGGAUCAGUGGCGUGCGGUGGAGGAAGUGGACAACAGCAGUAUCACGACCCCCCUCUGAUAUUUGACCUCUCAAAGGACGAGGCAGAAGAGACCCCUCUGAACCCUGAGAGUGAAGAGUACAGAUCUGUCCUGAAGGAAGUGGAGAGAGAGAGGGAGGCUCUGCUGUGGGACAUCGCCUCAGACAGGGUAUCGUCAGCUGACUACACCAUGAUUCCGGCUGCAGUCCCCUGCUGCCAGCCACACAACCCCGCCUGCCGAUGUCACAGUUUGAAACGAGGUGGGGAUGUCAUAUGGAGCUGCUGAGACAGACAGGGACAAUGAGACGUUUAUUUCAUUUGAUAGCUGCUUUGAGUGUGUAUUCUGGCUGAAAUGGAGGACGCAGAGGUCCGACAGCAGAAGCUGGACAAUCAG